AUGGCAGGCCAAAUUGAACCCGUCCAUUUCUUCGACAUCAAGUGCUCUCUCGAAGGCUGCCGACAAUCCUGGUCGCCCAACACCCUCAAAGUCCGCUCUGUGCUCAAUAUCAAGGGAAUCCCUUACACGCAAUCAUGGGUCUCCUACCCAGACAUCGCUCCCUUGAGUAAAGGUCUCGGAAUCCCCGCCAAAUCCGACAACCCCCCUGGAAUCCUCUACACUCUCCCCGCAAUCGUCCACAAACCUUCCGUCACAAUCAACCCCAAUGGAGCAAUGAAUGACUCCUUACCAAUUGCGCUACAUCUCGACAAGGCAUUCUCCGGCCCAGAAUAUCCGUCUGUGUUUCCUCAUGGUCAAACCAGUGUUGCGCUCGCGCUCGCUACGGAGAGAUUGUUCGGUACCGUUGUCGGGAAAUGCGCCACCCUCUUAUUCCCAUCUGUAGCAGACAUUUUGGAUGAAAGAGGAGCAGAAUACUUUGAGCGCACCCGUGUGCCCCGAUUUCAGCAACGCUACCCAGACAUCACCCUCACCAAGAUGGCCGACCUCAAGCCCAAAACUCAAGAAGAGCUCGACAAAAUAGUCGAAGAAACCAAAGGAGCACUCGCGGUCUUUGAUGAUUUGUUGGCAGGUGGUGGUGAGAAUAAAGGUCCAUUUCUUGAAGGCGAAAAGCCAGGUUUUGCGGAUGUCAUGCUUGCGGCGCAUAUGGCUUGGAUGGAGAGGCCGCUGCCUGAGUUCUUUGCUAAGAUUUUAGAUGCUGGGAAUGGGUCUGUGAGAAAGCACUGGAAGGCUUCGCAGGGGUUUUUGAAUGCGCAGGGUGAGACAAAGGAGUGGGAAGUUGCGAAGAUAUAG